ACCAUAAAGUCAUCAUCCAGCUAUCUUCUUAUUGGUUGUAUAUUUUUCUCUGAACGGAUAAACAUUUUCAGUUUUAGUUUGUGAUUUUAGAUCAUUUUCAGAAUUUUUGUUUUCUAAUUUCUACCUAUUGAGAAGCAAAGAGAAACUGGAAACUAUCGUAUAAAUUUAAGUUUAUUUAAUAAAAAAUAAAAUCUAAAUCCAUUACAUUCAUAAUUUGUUUUCACCUCUAAUGAUAGAUCAUAUCUACAUACGAAAAAUAUGGAAGUUGACUUUAUUGUUUCUUAAUUAUUUAAACCACCGUUCUUCUUUCCUAUCUCGUGCUUAAAACCUACGAUAUUCCUCUCCAUCUCUCCAUCUCCCUCCCUUCUUUACACAAAUAUCAACCUAUCAUCAGAUGAUAAUAAGGUAACACUAAAUAAACAAACCUCUACAUAUCAAAUAGGAAAUGGAAGCUGAAGAGGAAAAUAAGGGCAGUAUAAGUAUGGUCGAGGCUAAGCUGCCUCCUGGGUUUAGAUUUCACCCGAGAGACGACGAGCUUGUCUGCGACUACUUAGUGAAAAGAAACGUUCGCAGCCGCUAUCAACCAGUGGUCUUGAUCGAAGUCGAUCUCAACAAGUGCGAGCCUUGGGACAUUCCUCUUAUCAAUUGUACAGAAUCGGCGAGAGUAGGAGGUAAAGAAUGGUAUUUUUACAGCCAAAAAGAUCGGAAAUACGCAACAGGGCAAAGAACAAACCGGGCUACGGCCACCGGUUAUUGGAAAGCAACCGGUAAAGAUAGAGCAAUCCAAAGAAAUGGUAGCCUUGUGGGCAUGAGAAAGACACUUGUGUUUUACAGAGGUCGAGCCCCUAAAGGUCGUAAAACUGAUUGGGUCAUGCACGAGUUUCGUCUCCAAGGAACUUUUAUCCACCAUUCUCCCAAGGAAGAAUGGGUAUUGUGUAGAGUUUUCAACAAGAACAACAAUGAAGAUGAGAAGGGCAACAACAUGAUAAGCUGCUCUGAUGAAACAGCUUCUGCAUCAAUGGACUCUUAUAUCAACUUCGAUCAUCAUCACAUCAUCAACCAGCAAGUGCCCUGCUUCUCCAAUCUGUCACAGAACCAAAUCGGUUUGGUCUACAAGAAUCCUAACCCGUUGUCUAUUAAUCCUUCCUCUGAUCAAAUGGUUCUCAAGGCUUUGCUAAGUCAGCUUACCAACAAUACCAAAGAAUCACAGAGCUAUGGAGAAGGAAGCUCAGAAAGCCAAUUGACCGACGUUGGCAAACCAAGCCGUGGUGCUUGGAAAUAUUGAUCACUACCCAGAAAUCUAUAAUCAUGUGUAUGAAUCAUACAUAUUAUUCACCAAUGCAAACAUUUAUUCACCCAUCUCGUGUAAACAUUGUUAUACGUCAUCUUCUUAUCUAUUAUUCACCAAUGCAAACAUUUUUCAUGUGUAAUUUUUUUUAUUUGAACCAUUUCUUAGAAACUGCAUAAAAAUUUAAUAUCUUUCGAUAUGUUUACAUUUUUAU